AUGCCACCUACAAGCAAGCCAACUACUCCAUCAGCAGCACCAAUACCAAGUGGCAUUCCAGAUGUCUUUAUCAUAGAUGAACAAAAGAUUCAGCCAAACGAAAAUACAGAAAAGCAAGAGCUUUAUGUGCUGCAGUGGUUAGCUCAAGUUGAACGCGAAAGCAAAGCAGUUGAUGUAGAAACCUUGAAAAAGGCACAGCCCAUCAUAGAAAAGACACUGUUUCGACUGAUAUCGCUCGCCACAGCAAAGCCAAGACGGCCCAUUCGCUUUUUGAUAGGAAGAUGCUAUGUGAUUCUUUACACCAGAGGCGAUACAAGGACACUGUUUGACUCGGUGACAGCAUUGCAUAGCUUGAUAGGUGCCAACAAGAACAUUGACAAGGAAACUAGAAUUGCUGCUAUUGCUACAACUGGUGCCAUCAUGGGCACAUCAGGCGGAAAGAUUCUAUCCUUGUUUGCAGAGACGGCCUUGAUAUUUCUCAAAGUGCUCAAAAGCAGCAGUAGUUCCUUAUUACUGAGAUUAGAGACGAUUACAGCAUUCACACUACUCUUGAAAGGCGCAGGAAAAGCAGCGACAGACCAAAUUUUAAAGGAUUUGAUGAAACAAUUGCGAAAUGGACUAGUCGACAAAGCACUGGUGGUGCGAGUUGCAUCAGCUCAGUGCAUGCAAGCAGUCAUUCAACAUGCAACGCAAACAUUCACUCAGCAUGAUAUCGAGGGAUUAUUACAGCACUGCUUUAAAGCAUUUGACAAUUCCACUUUUCCAGUACGUCGAGCCAUAGCAUCGCUGUGCGCCACGCUACUUGUCUUUACGCAAUCACAAGCCACAGUGGACCCCAGCAAACCCAACGUAAAGCACGCAUCGACAGGCGAGGGACCGAAAAAGACAGAGGAAGCGCUGGGCAAAGGAGUGACACUGAUGUCGAUUGAGGAAAUGCUGGGCCAAUUAUCGUCCUGCUACAACCGACUGAAUGGACCGCGAGAGCUGAAAACAGGCAUCAUUGAGAUAUACGCUACACUGUUCGUCCUGUUAGGCACUGAAUUUGUCGAGGCCAACUAUGCUGUCAUCACCAAACACAUUCUGUGCGAGAUAUUGGAUCCAAACAAAAUCGGCACGGCUUCAGAGGGGGCUUAUUUGCGAUCUCAGGUUAAUUUCUUGCUUCACCAUACGAUUGGGAAAAGAUUGUUGAGUGAGCAGGGUCAAGCCAAUGCGAUUCGAUUGCUGGUCAGUAACUGGAUCAAGAAAUGGCCCCCUCUGAUGGCUAAUCAGAAUGCUCCAAAUAAAGACAUUUUGAUCUGUGUCACCAACUUGGUCUCUGAGCUGGUGUGUGAGUUGGAAGGAGCCUCCUGUUCCGUGCAGGACGUAUUAGUAGAACCGCUGUUUGUGCUAUUGACACACACCAGUUUCUCGGUGCAAAUGGCUGCUGUGUGGUGCAUUCGAUGUGUCUGCAAUGCCUUGCCUACCAACCUCCUAAAUUUACUGCCCAAAUCUCUCAAUUUGCUCGAAAAGAACCUUGGAAAUCUGACAAAUCAGGCCACGACGGUCAAGGUAUUCCAGCGCACCAUUGCCUAUUCUUACACGGUGGCAGCCAUCAUGAGCGUAUUUCCAGCCCAUCCCAUCUACACCUCGUUCGAAUUGAGUGCCAGGGCCAUGGCGCUUGCAAACCAACUGAUCAAGCAGACCAACAAGGACCCCAAGAUUGCCAGUGUGCAGGUACAGGUGGCAUGGACAUUAAUUGGAUCCAUCAUGUGUUUAGGGCCUAAUCUGGUCAAGAUCCACUUGCCUCAGCUGCUGUUGCUAUGGAAAAGCACAUUGCCUAAACCCACUGGUAAGGAAGCCAACGCCAUUCGAUCCGAGCCAGAAUGGUCCCUCUUGUUCCAUACGCGCGAGUGUGUCACUGGCUCCAUCUACAGCUUCUUGGCCCAUAACAGUCAAUCACUGGUAACAUUGGACAUUGCAAAGAGAAUCGCUGCCUUGUUGAACAACACACUGGCGUUUUUACAAACAGCACCGGCUACAUUUACUGCUACCACCAUGUCGCCUUGCACACCUUAUGAAACACGACUGAUUGACCAAUUCUACUCGUUGAGACGACGUAUCUUUCAAUGCUUCAUCACUAUCCGACCACUGUUAUCCACCUACGAAUCAUCGCUCAGUAGUCUGCUUCGAAAUUCGCUGUCUGUGUUUACAGAGCCUGAUCGCAUCUCGCCUUCGUCAGGCGCUCAUCACCAAGUAGCAGCGACUGUACCCGGCCAAUUUGUGAGUGUAUGGAACACGGCUGAUGGACAUGGCUAUGGCGUGACAAGUAAGAUGCAAGGCUACCAUGUGGACGUAGCCUCUCAAAGCGAAGACGGCAGCGACGAAUCUACCAACUCGGGCAAGGAAUGGAUGACCAAAGACAGAUUCGAGCGUAUUGAAGAGCUGCUUGAGCGACCCGUGAUUGGCUCUCUUGAGCUGGAUCCAUUUUAUGCGUAUACCAACAUCACCAACUACGAUAGUGGCACAUCGCAGCAGCAGCAAACACAACAGCAAUCACUGCACAGCAAGAACAAGUAUGUGAUUCCUCAGCCAGUAUCUCCCUCUACCUCCUAUAUUAAUGCCAGUAUCGAACUGUUUGCCACGCUGUUUGCUAAUCAGCCAGCACCAAUUCAAGAAUCCACAUUUGAGCUCAUGGUCAAGGUCGUCAAGGACCCCAAAUUAGAAAAGAACUCGCCCAAGAGAGCAGCCGUGUUGGUCAAUAUCGUGGUGGCUUUACUAGGCGCUUUCAAAAACAUCAUGGCGUUUUCGAAAAAAAGAAAAGGAGAGUCUAUCGCCUUUAGUCCUCGUGCCACUCAACUUGCGCAAGAGAUCCUGAUGGAAGUUGUGAUCCACCCUGAUCCCUACUUACGAAAUGCGGCAAGUGAGACCAUUGGCCGUCUUACAUCCAUUGUGGGCGGUUCCUUUGUAGCAGCACAAAUGCAAUUACUGGUGGAUUUAGUCGUAUCUAAUCGUGAUCCUGAUGUGCGCGCAGGCUGUGCUCUUGCUAUUGGCUACAUUUACACUCACGUAGGUGGUAUGGCUGCUGCUGCUCAUUUGAAGACUAUUGUUGGGAUACUGCUAUCAUUGAGUAGCGAUCCUCAUCCUGUGGUUCAUGCUUGGGCAUUGGAGGCCAUGGCAAUGACAGUCAGUGCUGCUGGUCUCAUGUUCUCUGGCUACGUUAACAGUACACUGGGCAUGGUUGCCAAGCUGUACCUAAGCGAGACACAUGAACCUGGAAGUGGCUCCGUUGCGGUGACCAAUGCCGGUAUGUCUGUUGGAUUCACGGCCUAUCAAGAGUUUGGCCGUAUCAUUUACGAGCUGAUUGGCACACUGGGUCCUGAACUGCAAGCGUCUUCCAAAGUAAGAGAGCUCUGUCUCAACAUGGUGGAGGAACUCAAGCUAGAGCCUGAUGAACGUGUCAAUGUGGAAGCCAUUCGUUGUAUUCAGCACUUUUUGAUGUUUGCACCCAAAUUCUUAGACACGCGUGAGCUUGUGCCUUAUCUCCAGAAUCAAAUCACCAGUCUCCACCUGCCACUCAAGAAGGCAGCCGUAACUUGCUUAUAUCAGUUAGUGCAGCGAGAUUCAGAGCUUGUGUUCAAGGCAGCUCAGCCUGGACUAGAUACUGAACUGUUCAAAAUGCUGGAUACAGAUCCUCAACUGUCAGAUGUGAAGAAUGUUAUUCGAAGCUGGUUACAAGAAACUGCAGUAGCAGAGCCCUCCAUCUGGGUCAACAUCACUAAGCGUAUUGUCACUGGAUCUAGUGGCAGUGCAGGUGCAGUCGAUGGCGCUGUAAAAUCAGCACCUACAGUAGCCCGUGAGCGUAGCGCAUCAGAUGAAGCAGAUGACGACGAUGAUUUUGGCGAUGACGAUGCGGAUGGAUUUGUAGAUGAUGAGGACAAUGCCGAUAUUGCCACUACGGUCGCUGAUGCUUCUGGCAUCACAGCAAAGCUAUCUGUCAAUGUAGAGAUCCCACCUCGAUGGAGAACACAGCUAUUUGCGCUCGAAUGUCUGCAGCAGACCAUAGAAUUGAUCUACGCAAGCGGUAUUCGUGAGCACUUUGAUUUGAUUCUGGCUCGUAAACGCAGACAGCAAGCUGGCCUAGGCGAUUUCCUAGUGUUCCGUGUGCCUGAUUUGAUUCGCUUGUCAUUCACUGCUGCUACUGCUCACGUCAAUGAAUUGAGAUUAGCAGGCAUUAACUUGCUCAAGGUGGUCAUUGAAAGGUUUUCACACACGCUAGAUGCUGAUUUAGAAGAUAUGUUGCUGUUGGAGCAGUACUCUGCCCAGAUUGGUGCUGCUCUGACGCCUGCAUUUGGCGCUGACUCGUCAUCCGAGAUCGUAUCCGCUGCUGUACGCGUAUGUGCUAUCUAUGUAGGUAGCGGUAUUGUCAAGGAUCUGUACCAGCUGGGCCGUGUCUUGAAGCUGCUGAUCUCUGCCCUGGACCGAUGCAAAGGUGAAUCCAAACUAACUGGUGUAGGUGAAGUGAAGGAUCUCAGUCCGCAUGCCUCUGUUAUGGUCAAGCUGUCUGUGCUGAACGCUUGGGCUGAACUUCAGGUAGCAAGCCAAAAGCAGGCCUAUCUGAAGCAGGUGCUGCAACCCAAUCUCGCUGUGCUGAGUCCCAUGUGGCUGCGUGCGCUGCAAGACUAUGCUCGUAUUCGUUUGGAAUCUGAUAUUGUGGCCUUAUCCAGUCGCUCGACAGACCGAAUUCAAGCUUCUUCCAACAGCGGUAUUGACUCCAUGUACUCUGCUGCUACCAAGGACGUUGUGCUGCCCUAUUACCGCAGAUCCUGGCUCAAGAUCAUGGAGGCUGUGGCCACGCUGAUUGAAACGAGUGCGCCAUCCAUGACAGAAGCUAUUAACAGCAAUCCUGAUUCUGAGCAAUCAGAGGACCAUCCUUCAAAUCUGUUUUACAUCUUGUUUGGUCUGUGCAUGGAAAGCCUGUCUCGCAUCUCUAGUUCCAGCAGCAACAAGUACGACAAUUCUACCAUUCCCAUCUGCCUGCGAGCCCUGCGUACAUUUGUGCAGCCUUCACUUGCUGGCAAGCAGUUUGUGCCCAAGUCUGUGUUUCUAGAAUUGAUGAAUGUGUUUGACCGUUUGAUUCAAACAGAAGGUUAUCGCAUCCAGCUCAUUAUUAUCGAAAUCAUACAAAGACUGAUUCAGUCGUACGGCACAGCAUAUCUGUGCAGUGAUUUGGAAGGUGAAACUGACUAUCACAUCAUGGACGUAACACUGGACCCAGACGCCUUUCCUGCCACGGCCAAGCUGUAUUACUUGCUGCGACUCUUGAUCAACGUCUUUUUGCAAAGCGUGCCCAAACUGUCCAACAAGCCUGCCUCGUCUCGUCGCUCAGCGCAUGGUUCAAGAGAAAACCUGCCCUUAUUGUUAGGCCCUUCCCUAGACACGCUUACUCUCCUAGUCGGCAUCACACCCAAGAGCUACAAGGUGGAUUUGCUGGCCAUUUGCUUUUACAUCUUUUCUGAAAUUCUGACAGAAAUCAAGUUUGAGACUACCUUGGCACCCAGAGUUCUAGUCUCUCUCAAGGCUGUCUUCCAUAAUUUUGAAUCAGAUUUGACCACUGACGAUGUCAAUUCCUUGUCAAGAGUGACAUGUGCCAUCAUUCAUACCCUGCUGGAUGAUUUCUUUGAGAUCAAAUCUGUUGCAUCGCAAAAGAACAGACUAUUGGCUGUCGUGUUGAUUAUGACAGGUUGUCCAUCAGCUACAUUGAGAGACGGAGAAGGCAUCAAUGUGUUUGUGAAUACACUCAAACAAUCGUUAGCAUGCGAUGAUGUAGAGCUCUCAAUCACUGCUCAUCAAUGUCUUCGCAAUUUUAUCAGUCUACCAGAAAAGAAGAGCAGUGUUCCUGCAUUGGCUAGUCUGGGACAAGCAAUUGUCACCUUGACACUGUCUUUUAUUAUAGAGCGGAUACUUAGAUUCAAGGAGAGCAAGAAUACGCUGACUGAUGUAUCACUCACAGAGCUGAAUGAAGAUACCAAAACCUUGCUUUCAUUACUCGCGGGUGUCUCAGAGAAUCAAAAACCACUGGUGUUAAGCGUAAUUCUGCCAACAUUAACCUAUUUGUUGGAUAAUCCACCUUAUAGUGGCCGCGAAACCAAGGUGCAUGAGGCUAUACUAGCUCAUUUGCUGACUAUUGCAACCAGCACACCUGCUGUGUUCCGCGAUACGGUAUCGAAGCUGCCCAACAACGUGAAAACCAAAUUAGAAUCUGCUAUGCGCUAUAGCAUCUUGGCUAGUCAAGAACAGCAGCAGAAGCAGCAGCAAAAGGAGCAGCAAAUGAGAGCAGCCUAUGAAGAUAGUAAGCAGCCUACCAUCGCUCUUAAAAUGGACUUUAGCAACUUUGGAUAA